AUGGUCAGAUGGGACAUAGUUCCAGCUACCUGCAUCCAGAAUAGUUACAUCAUCAACAUCUAUGAUGAGGGUUAUUGCAUCCCUCCCCAUAUAGAUCACCACGAUUUUGUGAGGACCUUCUGCAUGGUCUCAUUUAUGAACAAAAGCAAUAUAUUAUUUGGAAAAGAAAUUUACAUUGUCGGCCCUGGCGAGUUCAGAGAAACUGUAGAGAUUCCGCUACCAGUUGGUUCAAUUUUGGUCUUGAAAGGAAAUGGGGCAGAUGUCGCCAAGCAGUGCAUCCCAAAGGUGCGACAUCGUAGGGUGUCCAUAACCUUCCAUAGGAUGGACGAUAACAAAGCACCAUAUGGAUUUCAGCCAGACCCAAAACUAGAAUAA